AGGAUUGUGUUCCAAUAUUCUCGGCUUCACACAUCCGGGUAUUUUGGUCGAUAAGAGUUACGCGCCCCUUGACGACUGGGUUAAACAAACGCCAUUUUCGCUAUAUAGCACUGUUAAGACUGGAAGAUAUCUAUUGAUUUUCUCAAUAUAUUGGACGAUUCUGAAAUAAUAAAUAUGCCAAAUACUUGCUGUGCCGUUGGUUGUAGUAACCACGGCAGAAUGCUAAAGAAAUUAUCGUUUUUCACAUUUCCAAAUGAUGAAGAACGGAGGGAAAAGUGGAUCAGUGCUGUGAAACGAGUUAAUUCAGAUGGUACAAAAUGGCUACCCAGCAAAUACACAGUACUAUGCAGCGACCAUUUCAUUCAAGGGAAACCCAACAGAGACCCGGCACAUCCGGAUUUUGUACCUUCAUUAUUCGGGCAUGUAAAGACGACACCAAAGGAGACCGACGCAAAACUGAAAAGAUUCGCUAGUGCUGUUAAACGCAAAAUAGCUUUCAGCACUCCCAUUCCUGCUAAACGUCAGCGGAAAGUAUUAUCCCCUUUGGUAGAGAAUGUAGAAGAAGUAUACUUCGCAACACCUCUGAAUUCUAAAACUGGAUACGAUAGAGACAUCAGCAAUACUGAACGCUACAAGUAUGACUUUGAAAUAAACAGUCUUAGAACAGACAAAGACAAUCUAAAAUCUGAAAAUAAUCACCUGAAGGAGCAAGUUAAAUGUGCUAACUUGAGUUAUAAAAGUGUAGUUGAUGAUGAUGACAAAUGUAAAUUUUACACUGGGUUGUCAUGGGAAACAUUCUAGGUUACAUUUCAGUUUUUAGCCUCUUUUGUGAAGCCAGCCCCAAUUAACAGAAAGGUGGUUUUAGAAGAUCAGCUUUUUAUGACAUUAUUUAAACUAAGACAUGACAUGGCUUUUGAGAUUUUUGCUUAUUUGAAGGAUGUUUCAGUGGCUACUGUUAGCAAUAUAUUUUGGAAGUGGAUAAACUUAAUACACGCUAAAUUAAAUUUUCUGAUAAAAUGGCCAGAACGGGAAACUCUAGUUGCCACACUACCCGUUCCUUUCAAACUGAAAUUUCCGAGACUUACCUCAAUUAUUGACUGUUUUGAAAUAUUCAUCGAAAGGCCUAAAAAUCUGAAGGCACGUGCAAAAUGUUACUCGAAUUACAAGAAACACAGCACAGUUAAAGUGUUUAUUUCAUGUACUCCAAACGGCGUUAUUUCAUUUCUUUCAUGUGCAUGGGGGGCAGGGUCUCUGAUGUUGAAAUUGUCCGAAGUUCCGGUUUCAUUGACACAAAGUACCACUUACCCAACGAUCAGAUUUUAGCCGACAGAGGAUUUACGCUUCAGGAUGAUUUUGCCGCAGCUUGCUGCGCAGAACUUAUUAUACCAUCAUUUACAAAGGGUAAGAAACAAUUGUCAGCGCAAGAAGUUGAGACAUCACGGAAAAUUAGCAGUGUCAGAAUACAUAUUGAGAGGGUUAUAGGUCUGAUGAAACACAGAUUUAAAAUUUUACAAGGAACACUUCCAAUUACUUUGAUAAAAUCUCCAAAUGAUGAGGCUGAUGGUGAGGAAUUAGCUAGAAUUGAUAAACUGUUGCGUUCCUGUGCAAUCCUGGUAAAUAUGGGUGAUGGGAUCAUUUACAAUGAAAAGGAAUAAAAAACUACAUCUGAAAUAUGUCAG